CCCCUGCUCACCUGGCCGACAGCAUCCACAAGAAGAAGCACACGCGCCCAACCUUCACGGGGCACCAGAUCUUCGCGCUGGAGAAGACGUUCGAGCAGACCAAGUACCUGGCGGGUCCAGAGCGAGCGCGGCUGGCCUAUUCCCUUGGCAUGACCGAGUCCCAGGUGAAGGUCUGGUUCCAGAACCGACGGACCAAAUGGAGGAAGAAGAGCGCCCUGGAGCCCUCCUCAUCCUCACAGCGGGCGGGCCUCAGCUCACAGCGGGCGGGGGGCUCUGGCGGAGAGCGGGCGGCCUCCGAGACCGAGGAUGACGAGUACAACAAGCCCCUGGACCCUGACUCGGAUGACGAGAAGAUCCGGCUGCUGCUGAGGAAGCACCGCGCAGCCUUCUCGGUGCUGGGCUUGGGUGCGCACAGCGGCUGA